GGAUGUAAUUCACUUUCCGCGUUUGUGGUACUACCAGACUUCCACCACUCGCUCAACUAUCAGUUACCUGCAAAACCCUAACAAACCCUUCGGUUGUUUAACGUACCAAGACCCAGAGCACUUCGCCCGGCGAUGGAAGAGACGGCGACGGACCUUAUAGUCGGAGAACCACCGAAGAUUCCGACUGAGCCACCUCAACUGCCUCGAAAAUCGGUGCUUGAUAUGUCAGCGGACGAGCUGGUGGCGAAAUCUAUAGUUCCGGUGAAGAAGGAAUAUAUUUGUCCUGUACCUAUCAGACUUGGUAGUGAUAACAAUGGACCAUCAGGCGACGCUGUUCCUGCCUCCACCACCGCCUCUGCACGACCUGUUAGUAAGGAGAAAAAAUCGAAAAGACAGCUCAAGAGAGAACGAAAUCAGGAAAAGCAAUCAACACGUAAUCUCUGUCCUAUGGUUGCUAAGACAGGAAAAGCAGAUUCAUGUCCCUAUAAUGAUAAGUGUCGUUUUAGCCAUGACAUAGAAGCAUUUAAGGAUCAGAAACCUGCUGAUUUGGAAGGCAACUGCCCAUUUGAUGGUGAUGAAGGUCCAUGCCCCUAUGGAUUAGGUUGUAGAUUUUUAGGUACACAUACAAUUACUGAUGUUGCUAGUGGAAUCUCAAAUGGCAAUAAAAACUCUGAAAUCAAUGGACUGAAGAAAGAUGUCCAAAGGCUAUUGUGGAAGAACAAAAUGAAGUUCCCUAAGGCAGAUGCUGAACUCAAAGUCCUUGGUUUAAUGGGCCCAACAAAAUCAAAAAAGACACCCUCGAGUAAUAACGAAGAAGAAAAUCAAACAGUUUCAAAUGAUUCUCAUGUCACAAAUGAGAAUGGUUGUUGUGAAAUGAACGAGUGCUCUCUAGAAGCUACUGAGAAAGCUGAAGGAAAUAAUAGUGGUGAUGAUCCUCGACCCCAAAAGAGAGGAAAACCAUUAAAUGAUCAAACUUCUGAAGUCAUUGGUGAAAUUAACGGUUCAAGUUAUGAGGUGAAAGAUGUAGACACAAGUGUUGGGAACCUUCCUUUUCGAAGGGUUUGCAAAGCAUUAGGUGCUGACAUCACAUGUGGCGAAAUGGCAAUGUGCACAAAUCUUCUACAGGGUCAGGCUGCAGAGUGGGCCCUAUUAAGGCGCCAUGUGUCGGAAGAUAUAUUUGGAGUACAAAUAUGUGGGGCCUAUCCUGACACUGUUGCUCGAGCUUGUGAACUAAUUGAACAGGAAUGCAGAGUGGAUUUCAUUGAUAUUAAUAUGGGAUGUCCAAUCGAUCUUGUGGUUAACAAAGGUGCUGGAUCAGCUCUUCUUUCAAAACCAAUGCGUAUGAAAAAUGUGAUUCAAGCAGCUUCUUCUACAGUAGAUAUUCCAAUAACUAUAAAGGCACGAACAAGUUACUAUGAGGGAAGAAGCCGGAUCGAUUCUGUAAUAGCUAAUGUUGCCGAAUGGGGAGCGAGUGCACUUACUAUACAUGGUAGGUCCCGCCAGCAGCGUUACACAAAGCAACCCGAUUGGGACUAUGUUUACGAAUGUACGAAAAAGGCCCCUCAAUCUUUGCAAGUUCUCGGAAAUGGCGACAUAUUUUCGUUUUCUGACUGGAAGACUCACAAAUCCGAUUGCCCUCAGCUUUCCUCUUGCAUGAUUGCUCGUGGCGCUUUAGUUAAGCCAUGGCUUUUCACUGAAAUUAAAGAGCAGCGUGACUGGGACAUAAGUUCGGGUGAACGGUUGGAUAUUUUUAAAGAUUAUGUUCGUUUUGGACUCCAACACUGGGGUUCCGACACUAAAGGUGUGGAGACAACGAGGCACUUCUUACUAGAAUGGCUUAGUUACACAUACAGAUAUGUUCCAUUUGGGUUGUUGGAAGUGAUUCCUCAGAAGCUUAACUGGCGUCCACCUGCUUACUUUGGGCGUGAUGAUCUCGAGACAUUAAUGGCUUCUGAAUCUGCAGCCGAUUGGAUUAAAAUCUCGGAGAUGUUGCUUGAAAACAGGCUGUUGUCUUCCUUUGAAAAAUCAUCUUGA